AUGAUGGUGUUCUUUAAUAUCAAUGGUAUUAAUACAAUCACAUUAUUUGUAUUUUAUUUAUUUUCAUAUUUUCUUUUAUUUUCUGGUCAGAAUGGGCAGUACUUGGUCAAUGCCGAUUUAAUAUUGAAUCCGGUCAAUGGACAUUACUAUGAAAACUUUACCGAUUAUAGUUUAUGGAAAAACUUUGCUGCAGCCCAAACCUUUUUAUCAUCAUACUUGGAAUACCAAUUUGUUUCAGAUAAUUUCUUUGUUGGAAAUAGUUUCUCUAUGUAUACUGGUAUAAGUGAUCAGGCGUCUGAAGGUACCUAUAGAUAUUUAGAUGGUCCAGAGAUGGGUGACUUGGUUUAUACUAUGCACGAUGACCUCUGUCAUACAUUUUGUCCAUGGGAAAAAGAUAAACCGUCAAUGGAUACAACCUUGAAUGCCGUUACAUUUGGUUCUCAAAUAGGGUACAGUGGAACUCUGUACAAUGGAAAAAAGACACUUAGGGCACAAGCAGAGACCGGAAAUGCCGCCUACUUGUGUGAAUACAAUGAUCCAAAUGAAAUCCAAGUAAUAGGUAGAGUACCAACUCGUGGUGGAAUGGUUACCAUCAAAAAUGCACCAACCAACUCUGAAAUCUCAUUUCAAAAUGUAAAUGGAAGCACUCCACUGUCUUGUAUCAAAACUGUCCAAGUCAAUCCAUCGUCUAUCAGCUGUACCAUUGGAAGUGGUGUUGGAACGGGUAGUUAUAGGCUAUUGCUCAAACCACCCGGUGAUAUUGACUGGACUACCACCAAAGCCCACCUCUUUUACCAAACACCAUACAUUAUAUCACUGAUUCCACCAAUCGACGCUGGCGGAGUAGUGACUAUUAUUGGUGAAAACUUUGGCAUUACAAUGACUGGUUUAGAGGUCCAAGUAGGACCACCCGUAUUGGUUGAAGGUGUUAGAAUAGGUGUACCAUGUCAAAACAUUGGUAUGAUUAAUUUUCAUCAAUACAUAACGUGCACGGUCACUGGUUUCAAAGACCCAUACCCAGUGUUUGUCAAUGUAAAUGGUAAUCCUCACCUUACCUAUCACCAAACCAUCUACAGUCGCACACAACAGGAAUUCUAUGGGAUGUACGAAGACCAUGGAAUCGACGUCAUGUAUCCAUUCUUUAAAACAUCAACUUCUGGUGGAGAUAUCCCUGGUAUCCAAACCUAUGUAAAGAACGAAGUAAAUAGACAAGAGUUAUGGAGUUGGCUACCUACCUACAGUACUUGCAUCAUCUUUUCAAACUCUACUUAUUUUUGGAUCCCUGUACUCUACACUGCAGGUGGUGUAUGGAAGGAGUAUAUGACCAAUAAUGUCAUCACACCAUUCUAUGAUUCACAGUACACUCCACCAGCCGUAAACGACACUUUACCAGUUCUCUAUGGAUUGGAUUACAAUAGAAUUGCUGGUAGUAAUCCUGUCUUUGGUACCUCUUUAAAGAGGUGUAAUAUGGGUGCCUAUGUACCAAUCCCUCCCAAACUACCAGUUAAUUACAUUGUACGGGUUGCAACAACUGGGGGUGACAUGGAAAUCCCAAUGAGGAAUUUAGGGUCGUUCCCAGGAUGUGUAGUAACUGGUAACGGAGCUUACCUACCAUGUGCAACCGAUGCCAUUAGAAAGCUACUCUAUACAACUGCUCCACCAACUGUUGGCGGUACCAAUGCAUACAUCUACACUAAUAUUUGGGGCAACGGUAAUAUAAACUUCAAUGUAGCUGCCAUCCAACCUUCUAUCACUACUCUAUCCAAUGUCAAUACAACUGGUGGUACUGUAGUAGUGGCGGGUGACAACUUUUUCAACUCACCCGCUCAAGUAGUCUUAAAGAUUGGAUCAACCACCUAUCCAGUGACAUUUACAACCGAUCACAAGGUACUGUCUUUCCAAAUUGGUCCUGGUGCUGGAAGUAUUCCAAUCUCUCUGACUGUUGGUGGCCAAGCAACCAUUCCAGACAAAACACCAUUCUUUUAUGCUAGACCUGGUAUCACAAGAUUAUAUCCAGCCAUUUUUGAACAAGAAUCUACAUCUAUCACUGUAAAGGGAUACAACUUUGCACCAAGCUAUACCAAUCUCAUUGAUUUUAAUGAUGGUACAUCUUGUCAACAAUACGACACUCAAGACUAUGGUACAAUCAUUUGUACAACUCCAUCCACUUUUACUCCAGGUGUCAAGGAAGCCAGCGUAUCAGUUCAAGGUAUUGGAUCGGGUGAAACAUUUAAAUUUGUAGUCUACCAAAACCCAAUCAUCCUAAGUAUAGUCUCUCCACCAGUUAUGGGUGGUGUCGUAUCUAUUAUUGGUAGUGGAUUGGCCAAUAUCGACCCUUUGGGAGGUAAUCUAAAUGGUACUGUAACCAUUCAAACAAAGCAAGGUCAAAACUACACAGUUUUAAUUCAAGAUUCAUGUACCACUUCAACUGACACUCUUUUGGUAUGCCCUGUUAAUGCUGGUACUGGCAUUGGUCACAAUUUAACAAUCGAAUUUAAUUAUGAUGGAGGAUUCGCUAGAAACACUACCAAAGAGUUUAGUUAUCAACCACCAUCAAUUGAUCAAUGUUCCCCUAUUGUUCAAGGAAAGAGUGGGUUGAUUUCUAUCAUUGGAAAUAAUAUAGUUAAUCAAAAUUUGACCAUCCAAAUAGCAGACAGUAAUUGUGAAAUCAAAUCGGUCAUUGCUCCAACAAAGGCAAUGUGCUUGUUUAAUGGUUUACCACCACCACCACAAAAUGGAUCAGGUAUGCCUGUAAAUGUUACAGUUGAUGGAUUGACCACUGUCAGAUCGAUCUACUUUUAUACUCAAAUCAAACAAUGUCCUGGGAAUUGUAGUGAACAUGGAAUAUGUGAUGUUAGUACCGGUCAAUGUACAUGCGACUAUGAAUGGGAUGGUAUUAGUUGUAAUGAAUUCACACCGAUUUCAAUGGGAGGUAAUGUAACAUUUGAAAUAUCAGAUACCUCUGGUGGAACAACUAUACGUACACCAACGAGUUCAUUCAAUGUUGCUAUUACCCAUAUCAGAGAAAAAGAUAUAGAUGGAAAUAUAAUUAAAGUUGUUAAAAUGACUGAUGUCAUUUGGAAGAAUGUAAUCACCAAUGCAACCGAUGAUCAUGGUAAUCCUGUCAUCUAUCUAUCAGGUAGAUUCCCAAAUGAAGAUGUAAUAUUAUCAUUUAAAAUUACUCUUUAUUCUAAUCCAACUACUAUUAUUUUUGCAAAUCAAAAUAUGUCAAUUUGGGCAAAUUCAAUUAAAUAUAAUAUUGAAUUAACAGGAUGGCAUUUUGAUUCAUUAUUAAAUAAUAUUGAAUUAAUUUAUUUGUCACAACACAAGAUUACAGCAUGUAGCUCAGAUACAUCUACAGUGAGUGAAACAUGGUAUGAAAUUUAUACUGGAGAGGCUAUUAUGAAGGCUAGAUUCUCUGAUCGUAUGUGGGUCGAUGAUGGCAUUGUGAAAAGUCAAUUGGUCGGUAUCCCACUCAAAGACCCAUUAUACAGUGAUAUUAUUUAUCCACCUGGUGAAUUACCAGAAGAUUAUUCAAAUCUUUUAAUUUCAAUUACUAUUCCAUAUUUCUCUGAAAGAGUUGAAAUUGAUCCAAAUUUUGGAUCACUUCUUAGAGAUGAUGAAGGAUGUGAUAAUGAGCAAAAAUGGAAGCUUCCUGUAAUCGUUACAAUGUCCAUAGUUGGUGCAGCAGCACUUGUUGCUCUAACAGCUUGGGUUUUGAAAAAGAAAUUCAUGAGAAUUAGAUUACUCGAAUUCAAAUUAAAGAGACUUUCAUCAAAAUCUAGUAGUCCUAAAAAUUAA